AUUGAAUAUAAUUAUAAAAAUAAUAGGAAUAGUUGAUAAUUUUAUUUCAUGGAAACAAUUAAGAAAAAAAACCGUGCUUCUCAACGACUUCGUGAUCUAAAUCCUUGCUAUGACGAAUCGCUCAUUUCCCUAAAGUGUCAAGAAUCCAAAGUAUAUGACCUUCGUAAAUUUUUUGGUAUUUGCCCAUAUUCGCCCAAAGGGGAAGAACGACAACAAAUUAAAGAUUCAUUAAAGAGAACAAAAAAUCCUAAACAAACUUUAGUAGAAAUAGCUGAAAUCUAUCAAAAAUCGAAGCAAUGAUACGUUUGAAUCGCUGGUCAAAUUUCAUAGUUAACAAUCGUCAUGUAUCCAAUUUCACUUCAUUAAGCAAUCAACUUAAUAAUUUAACUCAACAUUCAAAGGUUGUACCACAGAUAAAAUAUCAUAAAGGUCUUUUUGGCCAUCAAGUUUUGGCCGACUUUAAUGGAUUCUAUAUUUUCCGCCAAAAUGCCAUUACACGAGCCCAAAGUUUAGUGAAUGAAGCCACUUCCGAUAAACGAAACCGAAAAAUGGUGCAUAUAUUUGAUGAAUUAUCUAAUUCACUUUGUAAGGUUGCUGAUCUUGCCGAGUUUAUUCGAAUUGCACAUCCUGACCGUAACUAUACCAAUGCAGCUGAACAAGCUAGCAUCGAAAUUAAUGCUGAAGUUGAAAGAUUGAAUACGAAUCGAAUACUCUAUAACUCGUUAUCAAAUGUUGUUCAAAAUGGUGAUAUCGUACCGACAACGCCUACCGAUGAUUAUGUGACUAAACUUUUUCUUUUUGACUUUGAACAAUGUGGUAUACAUUUGGACGAAAAUGUUCGUAAUGAAGUUGUCCGUUUAAAUGAACAUAUUCUUCACGUUGGAACAUAUUUCAUGUACGGUACGACUAAACCACGAAUCGUUUUCAAAAAAGAAAUUCCAGAGCACUUGUGGAAAUAUUUUCCUAUUGAUAACAAUAAGAUAGUCAUCUCAGGUCUGCAAAAUGAAUCGAAUGACGCUCAACUUCGUGAAAUUUCGUUCAAACAAUUCCUUCAAUAUGACGAUCAUCAAGAACAACUUUUAAUGGAAUUGAUUUACUCUCGGCUUAAAUUGGCUAAGAUUUGUGGAUUUAAUUCAUUCGCUCAUAGAGCUAUUAAUGGUAGCAUUGCGGGAAGCCCGGAGAUUGUCUGGAAUCUAAUUGAUACUGUCAAUACAAUAAUACGCCAUAAAUCCGAAGCUGAUUUCAAUUAUAUGCUUAAAUUAAAGUCAGAAGAAACUGGUGAUCCAUCAGCUCAGUUGAUGCAAUGGGAUGUGCCUUAUUAUACGCAAAAUCAUAAGAUUAAAAAGUUUGGCCAUGAUAUCACUCAAUCUAGUCCGUAUUUUUCGAUAGGCAGUUGCAUGGAAGGUUUAGAUUUGAUUUUUCAAUCAAUAUUCAAUGUAGAAUUAAAAAUUAGUGACACUACUCAAGAAGAUUUGUGGCAUCCAUCGGUGAUCAAAUUGGCAGUUAACGAUCAAAAGACCAGCAAAACUUUGGGUCAUAUUUAUUGUGAUUUCUUCGUGCGACCCAAUAAACCAUAUAACGAUUGUCAUUUUACUAUUCAAGGUGGAUGUGAUCUGCCAAAUGGAGAAUAUCAAUUGCCGAUAGUCGUAGUGUUUCUAAAUUUUCCCAACGCUACCACAUCAUCGCCUACAUUGUUAUCACCAUCAAUGGUCGAUAAUUUAUUUCAUGAAAUGGGUCAUGCCAUGCAUUCAAUGUUGGCCAGGACACCAUAUCAACAUAUUACCGGAACAAGAUGUUCAACAGAUUUAGCUGAAGUACCCUCAAUAUUAAUGGAGCAUUUCGCUAAUGAUCCACGUGUUGUAUCUAAAUUCGCCAAGCAUUAUCAAACCGGAAAAUCUAUUCCAGAGAAUCUUUUACGCAGCUGGAUCACUUCCAAACAUUUGUUCAAUUCAAGUGAUUUACAAUUGCAGGUUUUCUACUCGGCCUUAGAUCAAUUAUAUCACAGUGAAAAUCCAAUAAAAGGCUGUAAUAAUACGACCGAUGUUCUGAAUAUGAUACAGAAUCAAUACUACGGCAUACCAAACAUAUCGAACACAUCAUGGCAAUUGCGAUUUGGUCAUUUGAUUGGUUAUGGAGCUAAAUACUAUUCCUAUCUUGUAUCGAAAGCUGUCGCCAAUUCUAUUUGGAACAAACUGUUUAUAAACGAUCCAUUUUCCUCUAUUGCGGGUCAAACUUAUCAUGAUCAAGUCCUUGCACAUGGUGGCGGUAAACCCCCAAAAGAGAUUGUUGAAUCCAUUUUAAAUGAAACGAUAAGUGCAAAUUACUUAGCUAAAUCAUUGAUUAAUAAUAUUGAAUCGAAUGAAUUGUGUUAAAUUUAUAUAGUAGUAACAAUAAGAACGAUUAUUUCUUUUUUAAAAAAUAAAACAUUAUCUGAA